AUUUGCUGCCUUGACGUGCUCAUUGACGUCACAAGCCGCCCUCUCAUCAAGCCGGACAGACAUGGACGUCCAUCUCCUUGUAUACGACCUCUCCCGCGGCUUGGCCCGCCAAAUGUCCAUGGGCCUUCUUGGGUUCCAGCUCGACGCCAUCUAUCACACCUCCAUCGAGCUCCAGGGCCGCGAGUAUGUCUACGACGGCGGCAUCAUCUCCAUCGUGCCAGGCACUUCACAUCUGGGCCAGCCCAUGGAGAGGCUCUAUCUCGGCAAGACGAACCUCCCCAUGGACGUGAUUGAAGACUAUCUGGAGUCAAUACGGUCUAUCUUUACGAUAGAGGCAUAUGACUUGUUCCGCCACAACUGCAACAACUUCACCGAUGCAUUCUCCAACUUUCUCCUCGGCAAGGGCAUCCCGAGCCACAUCUCACAGAUGCCACAGGCAGUCCUCGACUCGCCGUUUGGACGCAUGCUGAUGCCGCAGCUCACCCAAGGCGUCAACGCCAGCAGGCAAAACGGCUCCAUCCUGGGGCUGCAGCAGAGUGCUCAGCCAACCGCACCCGGCAGGGUGGCCUCGUCGGUCAAGAAUGUGACCAGUCAAUCGGAACUGACAGCUCUUCUGGAUCAAGCAAAGGGGUCCUGCGCAGUCGUCUACUUUACCUCGGCCACUUGCGCUCCGUGCAAGAUGCUCUAUCCCUUGUACGACGAACUAGCCGAUGAGUUUGCCGGCAAGGCCAUCUUUAUCAAAAUUGACAUUGCGCAACCGCAGGCUAGCUUGGUCGCCAGUCAGUAUUCGAUCAGUGCAACUCCCACGUUCAUCACUUUCCUCAAGGGGCAGCAAGAGAACAGAUGGUCUGGCGCUGACCAGGCUGCUCUGCGGGGGAAUGUCCAGCUGCUGGUACAGAUGGCACAUGUUCGCCAUCCCCAUGAGAAGCUCCGUCUCCCCACGUUUGCCAAUCCUAAUACGAAGCCUGUGUUGUUUACCAAGGUACCACCGAUAUCGAAGCUGGUAGCCAAGAUGGGGGAUGAGAUGGCCAGCAAGCCCGAAGUUCAGCAGCUGAAGCGAUUUGUUGAGGACCGUGCCAAGGGUGAAGCUCUGGAUGCGGUGCUGCCAAACAUGGGGCACAUGGCCGCUUUCCUCCAGGAGUCAAUCGAAAAGCUGCCCGUUGAACUCAAGUUUGCUAUUGUUGAUCUUUUGCGUUGUGCUCUUCUCGACCCCCGAGUCAGCGGGUAUUUUGCCGAAGAGACGGCGCACAAGACGGUUGUGACCAUUCUCGAUGCCGUCAACAAGCAGGACCAGUGCCCAUACGCGUUACGCCUUGUGACGUUGCAGAUGGCAUGCAAUCUCUUCUCCACUCCCUUGUUCCCGGACGAGAUCUUGCGGAACGAACGUCUUCGGGGACCGAUUACGGCGCUUAUAUCAAGCAGUUUCCUCGACGACAGCCAUAGCAACACUCGCGUGGCGGCGUCCUCCCUCCUGUUCAACAUAGCUCUGGCAGACCGCAAACCAAAGCUCGGCGAGGCUGGAUCGAGAUUACCCGACGAGCACCUCAUCGAGCUCGCAGCAUCCGUGGUAGAGGCAAUCGCCCAGGAAGAGACGUCGGCGGAAGCUCUUCAGGGCAUGCUAUCGGCACUGGGCCACCUGGUCUACUAUACGCCUCUGGACGGAGAGCUUGCCGACCUCCUCCGGGCUCUGGAUGCCGAGGGAACGGUGUUGGCGAAGAAGAAGGCCUUUCCCAACGAGGCGCUGAUUGCGGAAGUGGGAGGCGAGCUGCUUGGAAAGGGCCUCAAGGCGGAGUCGGCGUGAUGACUGAUCACCUAUACUUA